GGCUAACUUUAGCCACAACGGGUAAGCUUAGAUCCAAACCCGAGUCCAAGAUUAUAUAAAAACACGUGUCAGACAACUUUCACCCUGAUCCUACACGUUAUCACUCUGAUUCACCACAAAACGAGCCUGAUUCUUUGUUCUUCCUGCAAUUAUUCAGUCCCUCCAUGUUAGAGAUGCGAAGUAUUUGCUGGCGCAUACUCUGCAACCGAUCCUUCAGUUCUUCUGUCACACCAAAUUGCUUCCCCCUUGUAUCCCUAGACCGCCCUCAUGAUAUCUGGCAUCCUCCUCCAACACCUCACUAUAACACUCAUAAAAAAACAGUAGAAAUCGACGGGAAGUCGAUCGCAAACGAUAUCAAAGCUACUCUGGCCACUGAAGUUAAUCAUAUGAAAAAUUCAAUCAAGAAAGCACCUGGAUUAGGCGUAAUAUUAGUGGGCGAAAGAAAGGAUUCCCGAUCUUUUGUUCGUAUCAAGAAAAAAGCUUGUGAGGAAGUCGGGAUCACCUCAGUAGUAGUAAACCUUCCUGAAAACUGUACAGAAACCGAAGUUCUUGAUGCUGUUUCAGCGCUAAAUAACCAGGAAUCAGUUCAUGGCAUUCUUGUCCAACUUCCAUUACCCUGUCAUUUGAGUGAGCAGAAGAUUAUAAACGCUGUGAACGUCGAAAAAGACGUGGACGGAUUUCAUCCCGUAAACGUAGGAAAUCUCGCAAUGACGGGAAGGGAGCCUUUAUUCAUUCCGUGUGCAUCGAGAGGGUGUAUCGAGUUGCUUCACCGAUACGGUGUCGAAAUCAUAGGUAGAAAAGCAGUCGUAAUCGGGAGAAGCAAUAUUACUGGAUUACCCACCUCCUUGUUAUUGCAGAGGCAUCACGCUACAGUGAGUGUAGUACACAAGUUUACUAAGAAUCCGGAGGAAAUAACACGCGAAGCGGAUAUUUUGGUUUCGGAUGUAGGAGUUCCGAAUCUGGUUCGAGGUCAUUGGUUGAAACCAGGGGUCGUUGUAAUUGACAUGGGGUCCACGUUGGUUGCGGUGGAUUUUUUUAUUUGAUUUUAUUUGUUGGGUUGUUUUAGUAUAUUCUCAACUCUAUAAAAAUUUAACUAAGAAUAAAGUACACGGAUGGUCCAUAUGGUUGACCAAAUCCAAAUAUUUGGGUAACCACAGGGACCAUCCGUGUGGUUUACUCUUAAAUUAACCAUGAUAACUGAGAUCUGGCUUCUUGGGCAACAAAAUUUAAGAACUUCUGGUCAGUGAUCUGUCAAGAACGGGUCAUUUUUAGUACGAGAUGAAAUGGACCGGGUCGGGUCAAAUGCAAACUUUCUGUUUUAUGUAUGUGAUUGCUUUGUGCUCUGAUGAUACACAGGACAGCAAAGGUUCCCAUGUGACUGGAGAUGUUUGCUACGAAGAGGCGAUAGUUAAAGCAUCCCUACUUACUCCUGUCCCAGGGGGUGUUGGACCCGUUACCAUCUCCAUGCUACUUUGUAACACAGUUGAAGCCGCUAAGCGCUCAUAUCAGUGGACUGAAAACUCAUAAUAAUUUGUUAUGAGACUAGGUUCUGGCGUUAUGUUGCUAUGUGGUGCCAAGAGGGUUCAACUUACACUAUGUAGAUUGGAAACUAAUUCAGAAAUCAAACUCCACACGUGUGGUGUCGAAAUGUGAAUAUCUGAUGUCGAAAAGCUUAGCGCAUAGGGUCCAUGACGAAGGCUGAAGAAAAAUGAAAAGGGAAGCCAAGUAUUGGGGAUGUUCUAUGAGCCAUACAAAUGUACACGAGUAAGAGAAGAACGCCUUUCCCUUAUAUUUGAUUAUUGGCACAUUAAUGAUGAUACUUGGUGUAAUAUCACGUGUGACUAAGGCUACUGAUGAUCUAUGCGUUCAUCCUACUCGAGUUCAAGAUUGUUUGGAUCAAGCUUGAACACGAGUGGUGUUUGUUUGUUUCCCGAGUUGGGAUCCACUCGUAAAGUAUUAUACUUUGGGAUAUA